AGUGCAUGCACUUCAAUGUAGUGCAUGUAGCGUAGAUCGCGUAGAAAUUAAGCUCCAUAGUGGAGGUGUUUUUCUACCUCAAUUUUAUAAUAGUAACUAUUAAAGUACAUUACAAUUACAUUGCUUUUACAAUAUAUAAGGAGGAAAAGAGAAGGAAAAAAUGUGGAAAGUUGUGUUUCGUGGAAUCCGAGAAACAUUUGAGCGACGUGUUUGUCGCACCAACGUUUACUCGCAAUCGUCGCAGGAUAAUGCGAAAAACGAAGUCAAAACGAGCCUGACGUGCCAACAAAAAUUUCUUCCACCGGUUCUAAUCACUUGUGAUAAGGGUUUUUGCGGAUCGGCUAAAAAUGCCGGUGCUAAAAACAACGGACAUGAUUCCGAUUGGAAAACCAAGCACAGUUGGUCAGAGGCUGUUGGCUGGUCCAGUGUAUUGGCGGCUGGGUGGGUCGUAUGCCAAACACUUUGCCUUCGUAAAAGAAUCUUUGACAGAGAGAACGAGACCUUGAAAAACAAAUUAUACAGUCGGUCUGGAGUUUCGUUUGUACUUCUGCAAUUAUUAAACUUACAACCGAGAAAAAUCUUGCCCGUUACCAAAUGCGUUGGCACUAGCAAGAAAAACUCUAAUCUGCAGGAUUCAAAUUCACAAUGGACUACAGAAAAACCAUUUGGUCCUAUCACCCUUGAAGAGGCAUUCAAAGAAGCUGCCGAUGAAUUUAAAGAAACCCAUAAGAUAGUGGUAGGCGAAUACGAACUUCGUUUUGGUAUUAAAGCUUUAAAGGAAAAACGUUAUGAAGACGCAUUAACGCACUUUUCCGCGGGCGCUAAAUUAUCGUCUCCCGGAAGCAUGUUUAAUUUAGGCCUAUGUUACGAAUUAGGCAUCGGAACUUUGGUGGAUCAAGCAAAGGCUGCAAAGUAUUACAAUGAUGCCGCAGCUCAUGAUCAUGCCGAUGCCUUAUAUAAUUUAGGAGUUUUCCAUGCCCAGGGAAAGGGUGGUUUACCAGUUGAUAUUGAUACUGCGCGCAGUUGUUUCAUCAGAGCAGCAAAAUUGGGUCAGGUACAAGCGCAACAUGCACUUGAAUUAGAAAAAACUGAAAUUCAAUCGAAGAAAAAUAUCUCUAUCAUACCGAGCACAAAUCUAAAAAGUUCAGAUUUAAAGAAGAGCGAUAAUAAUAUUAAAUUAAGCGAUCUCUUGUUAUACACAAACAUUGAUGACACAUUCAGUACAAUCACAAAAUCCAAACAAGUAUUCUUAGAGUUUCUCGGCUUGAAAGAACCUAAUCAAGCACCCAUUAUGAUAGCUACUAAUGAUUGUCCUGUGCCAUAUUAAAAAAUAUGAAAAUACUUUUGUUACCUCAGUGUAAGAUGAAAUGGAAUUAUGUAUAGUGAUAUAAAUAGUACUAAUUCCUACACAUGGUAUUAUUUUACACUAUUAAUUGCUAUAUGUUCUAUUUCUUUUUUUAUUUGGAUCUUUUUAUGGAAAUAUGUAUUAUAUGCGAUAUCGAUGCAAACUGCUCAAUUCAUGAUUGCAUUAUAAAUUAUUCAGAAUUCUGCUGUAGUUUCGAAAUUUUUUGUAUAAUU